CGACCCUCGCCAUGGCCACCGAAGCAGAGCCCAGGCCCGAAGGCCAGCCGCACACCGACGCACACCCAGACACCCCCGCCGACAGCGCACAGAAGCCGCCGGUAAAGCGAUCAUGGAGGAGAAAGUAUCGCAAGAUGCGCGCCAAAUUCGAAGAGACGAUGGCCGCCAGCAAUCAAUUGAUCAUGGACGAAUGGAAAACCCAAGCCCUGGCGCGGCGGCUGCAGGAGCAGAACGACCAAAUUCUUGAUCUCCUUCUAGACAUGAAUGACACGAAGCGAUUACCUGCGAAUCUCCGCGUCGACCUCCGCGAGCUUUCCGAGGCCGAUGCUGCACUUCCCUCGCUCGAAGCCGACCCCGACCCGGACGCGAUACAGCGGAGACUGCACGAGCUUAGGACUGACCUAUCGAACGAGCUUAUCACGCCAGAGGAAUACGCGCACAGAGCGGAUCAGUUGCACAACUCACACAUACAGACGAUCCGCACGCUCGCCAGUCUCGAGGCGCAAGUCCCCCACACAACGGAACCACCAGAACCGCCGAUAGAAGGCAUAGACUUGACCGACCAGGCGCCAGGGCACAUGUCGCCUGCACAUGAGGAGGAGUAUCUCCUAGCCAUGGACGUAGCGCUCGCCGACCCCAACGUCUAUAACCCCAACAACCACGACGGCCGGCCUCUUCGUGUAGUACCCACCCAGCCUGUCCCCACCGAGAAAGAUCUCACAGUGCGGAACCCCGACAGCGUCUACAACUGGCUCCGAAAGAACCAGCCGCAAGUCUUUCUGCAGGACAAAGACCCCCAGCAUCCCGAGAACCUGUCCGAGAAAUCAGCAGCACGACCAGGCAACACAGGCGGUCGCGCAGGCAAGCGCCAGUCCGCCGUCUCAGGCACGCCUGGCCCUCGAACAGAUCACGAUGAUGACGACUUCAUAGCUGAGUCCGGCACGGGCAAAGGAAGGAGAGGCAAAGGCGGCGACGAGGAUGCGGCAUACAGACCGAAGGGCGGAACCAGCCGCCCAGGGAAGCGGAAGAGAGAUGGAGAAGAUACCGGAGCAAAAGGUGGCAGAAAGAAGAACAGGGCAAGUGGAGGCACCGGGAACUGAUGAUGCUAAUGCGCGUGCAUAGGCGUGCCUUCUUCAGCGACCUUUGCAUCAGCUGCCUCGCCCGUAGUCUCUGGCCAACGACUCCUUCGCGCACUCGACCGUUCCCAUGUCACGAGCGCCUCGGCCGAAGCUUUGUAUGAGUAUGUUAGACAUGUAUGGAGUUAGCUCGCGCGUGACGCCCGGGUGGACAUUGUUAUCUUAUGGGACGGCGUUCGGUGGGACAUGGGUUAGAUACCCUCUAGGAUACUGAUGCUUUUCGCGGUUCAUCCACUGUAGCCGUCAUCGGGGCUCUUUCGAUAUCAUUGCUUGCUCGAUAUCACGUUGACACCUGGGUUCUUGUUCCUACACCCACUAUCUGAUACAACAGGAUCCGAAACGCAACUAAGCCGCGGCGACGCGCUCGACGGUUAGCGAUAUAGGCCUGUUCAUCCCUUUGGGAAGAGACUUUUCGAGUAUCCCAGCUCCAGAUAUGAUACAAAA